AUGGUGGGCUUGCCAGCUCGAGGCAAGAGUCUGAUCGCUGGCAAAGUCAAGAGAUAUCUUCGAUGGACGUCGGUCAACGCCGAGGUAUUCAACGUCGGCAAAUACAGGCGGACUGACAAUCCCCAUCCCGAUGCCAAAUUCUUCGAUGUCAAUAACGCCGAAGGCGAGAAAGCUCGCCGCGCCGCAGCUGAGGCCGCCGUGGCUGACAUGCUUAUGUGGUUCAAGGACAAGAACAAUAAGGUUGCCAUCCUUGACGCAACAAAUUCCACCAAGUCGCGACGGAAAUGGAUUCACGACAAAAUCGUGGAGGCCAACCUUCUUCAUCUCUUCGUCGAAAGCAAAUGCGACGAUGAAGAUCUCAUCAUGGCCAACAUCCUCGAGGUCAAGACGACAUCACCAGAUUAUAUCGGCCAGGAUCCAGAGGUGGCCGCCAAAGAUUUCCGCAACCGUAUCCGGAACUACGAGAAAGUCUACCAAACAAUAGAUGAAUCAGAGAAACACCUCACCUACGUGAAAAUCAUUAAUAUUGGGGCACGUGUGGUGAUCAACCUGAUCCAGGACUACUUGCAAUCGCGCCUUGUGUACUACCUCACCAAUCUGCACAUCAAGCCACGCAGCAUUUGGCUAUCUAGACAUGGCGAGUCAGAAUACAACCUCGAGGGCAAGAUCGGUGGCGAUGCCAACUUAUCGGAGCGUGGUGAACGAUAUGCGAGGAUGCUGCCCGAGCUCGUCAAGCGUUCUGGGCUGCCCAAGGAUGCUCCUUUGACGAUAUGGACCUCGACUUUAAAGAGAACAAGCCAGACUGCACAACAUCUACAGAAGGAACUUGGUUGGGAGAAAUUACAAUGGAAGGCGCUCGAUGAGCUGGAUAGUGGGGUUUGUGAUGGGAUGACGUACCAGCAAAUUGCCGAGAAGUACCCUGAGGACUUUCAAGCUCGCGAUGACGACAAGUACAACUACCGGUAUCGCGGAGGCGAGUCCUACCGUGAUGUGGUUAUCCGUCUGGAGCCCAUCAUCAUGGAAUUGGAACGAAGCGAGAAUAUCAUUAUCAUCACUCACCAGGCCAUCGUGCGAUGCAUAUUUGCGUACUUCAUGGAAAUCCCUCAGGAGAAAUCGCCUUGGAUGGAAGUACCAUUACACACGCUGAUGAAACUCACACCCAAGGCAUACGGCACCGAGGUCGAGCGCUUCAAGGCCGACAUCCCUGCCGUAUCGACCUGGAGACCCAAGGGCAGCACGGCCAAGCACCAUGACAGCGUCAGCGAGGGCGUGCCGGAGGACGUGGUCGGCGAGGCCAAGGGCAAGAACUUUGGCUCGCGCGACGGGACUGUCGUCAAGGAGCUCGAUGCUGGCAGUAACCGGAGGGAGCUGACCGCGGGGGAGAUUCCAAAGGUCACGAUGACCGGAUUGCCCUUGCCUUGA